GUGUCAUAUGAUGUGUUUUUGAACAAGGGGGGGAGGGAAGUAGAGCACUUUCUAUUGUAGUUAGUUACCAUAUUUCCAAACAGCACAGAAACAGUUUCCCAUUGCCUCAUCGUGUGAGAGAAAAACAAGGUGUUGAAUUUGAGAAAGUCACUGUCAUUCGGACUUUCACACUAUGGCGGGCGGAUCGGUAUCGGAGUGCAAGGAAUACUUGUUCAAAGUCCUUGUCAUCGGGGAGUUAGGUGUGGGGAAAACCAGCAUCAUCAAAAGAUACGUCCAUCAGUUAUUUUCCCAACACUACAGAGCGACUAUUGGGGUCGAUUUUGCGCUCAAAGUUAUCAACUGGGACAGCAACACGCUGGUGAGGUUACAACUAUGGGAUAUCGCAGGCCAGGAGCGAUUCGGGAACAUGACGCGGGUGUACUACAAGGAGGCGGUGGGGGCAUUCGUGGUGUUUGACGUGACGAGGGGCUCCACUUUCGAGGCAGUGUCCAAAUGGAAGCACGACUUGGACAGCAAGGUGAAACUGGCCAAUGGGAGCCCUAUACCCUCGGUGCUGCUUGCCAAUAAGUGUGACCAGAAGAAAGAGAGCUCCAAAAACACUUCCCUCAUGGACAACUUCUGUAAAGAGACUGGCUUCCUGGGCUGGUUCGAGACCUCGGCCAUGGACAACAUCAACGUGGACGAGGCAGCUCGGUUCCUGGUGGAGAAUAUCCUGCUGAACGACAAGGGCCUGCCAUACGAGGAGAGCAACGGGGACCCCAUCAAGCUCGACCAGGAGACGGUGGCUGCUGAGAGCAAGCCAGGCUGCUGCUAGCUCUGAGGACUCCUACUGCAUCCACCUUUCAACCUCCUCCCACUGGAUCAAUCAAUCAAUCAAUCAAUCAAUCAAUCAAUCAAUCAAAUGUAUUUAUAAAGCCCUUUUUACAUCUGCCGAUGUCACAAAGUGCUAUACA